GACAGAGAGGGACCCUGUUUGGCAAGCGCGGCGAGAGGGCGGAGGUGGCGCGUGCUUGUUUGGGGCACCUCUCCCAUUUGCACGCACCCAACUCGACAAGCGCACGAGGUGUGUGGUGGCUGGUAUCUGUAGCAAGUGGUGUUGUUGUGGCGUCCGUGUGUCUACCGCAGGCGAGGAUUGAGAAGGUGGUUGGCUGGCGAGGGUCAUCGAUUGUUGGAACGUUGGCCAUUGAUCAAUUGGCAGACUUCGAGCCGUCAUCGACAUCAACAGCAUCGCAUCGGGCAUCGUGGCAACAACAUCGCCGCAGCGUGGACAGAGUACUUGCUCCUGAGACGAACGUGCGGUGGACAUCACUCUGACGACAACUAUCGCUAUCAGCGAAAGCAUGUCGGUGUCAGGACGGAGCUCGGUGUAUGAUACGCAUGCGUUCAUGGGCGAGGUCGAGGCGGCGCAGCGGUCGCCCGUCGAUGCGCGACAAGGACUGGCAAGUGGAAGUCAAGAGGUGAGCAGGGCCAUGGUGGCGGGGGCUGGAGCGAUGGCGUGCCUCUACGUGGGAGCUAUGGUCGGCUUUGCGGUGGGGGCAGUCAAGGCCGGAAGCAACGCAGGCAAGGCUGUGUGUAUCGUGUUUCUGGUGAGUAUGCUCCUCUUUCCGUUUGCAGGCUGCAUGUAUUGGGUCCUUGUCCAUGACACGUCGCCAGCACUGCCGCUGCAGCUGGAGGACGCGCCGAGUGGCGACGCGCAGACGGCGCUGAUCAAGAACUCGGACGGCGCCGAUGUCAUUCCGGGCUAUGAGGCGCCGAAUUUGUAGAGAAAGGGGGGAGGGGGGCGACUAGCUACAUGGUGUACAUGUCGGCGUGUGUGGGCGAUGGUGGCGGAUGCUUGGUAAAGACGACGCCAGAGCCGUAGA